ACAUCGCUGGGCAGAUUGGACGAGAGCAAGUGACCCAGAUAGAACGACACAGACGACUGGCAGGAGAUUUCAAGCGUCUCUUGACUACGCAACGACCAGAUUCUAUUCCUCAGAGUCUUAAGAAUGAUAUAGCUACAACGAAGCGAUGUUGGCGAGCAGACGCCUAGCUACCUCAUGCUUGACAUGUGGACCGACGAGGAUACUGAUCCCGCAUGCCGAGUCAUCGAGGCAGGCGAUCCUCCGGGAUACUCUGUUACGCAGACGGAAUUGGGUCCAGGUCCAUGGAGAAGAUGACAAGGGCAAAAUGCCUAUCCGAUCGCUUCAUUCUGCCAGUUCAGGUUCAGGAUCAAGACGUUUAGCUUCGGCUGCGGCGGCUGCUAGAAUCGUCUCUGAGGAAGAAGAGGAUGAGCUGGAGAUGAACAAUGUGUGGAAAUUUGAGUUGGAGUUGGAGCGCGAGCGUGCUUCUUUCCACGGUCGAUUUCCCCGACGUGAACGGUUGGAUCAAAGCUUGAACUCGCCGCGAGUCAAGGAAGCUCACAGGAACCCGAAUCCUCCGCAUCAUGCCUCUGGGUCAACCUUUAAAGAGGACUGGGAAGUGGACGAUCAGCCUGUCGUCGUCUCCAGCGAUACUGUAUCAUUGAGAUCGGCGACCAAUCAUGUCCGUCGCCACGAUCCAUUCCGACACACGGACAGCUCGACAUCAACCGAACCAUGGAUCAGGGGACGCCAGUCACAGCGUUCAACAAUACGCGCAGAUCUUCGCGCUACACCAGAUCAUUCAUCCGAUAGGCAGUCGAUCGAGCAUGACAGACCACCGGACUUGCAUGUUCAAGAAACCAAUUCCUCUCGCCAAUUUUUCGAUUCUGACCCUUUCCUCCAUAAACCUUGGUCAGAGUCAAUGAAAGAGGUGCACGACACACAUCAAAGGGAUGAUUUAUCGCUCCGCUCUCCAUCCACCUCUACCGCCAAGGUACUUCAGCCCAUGUCUGAGACAGCACUAGCGAAUUUACGGGUCUCGCUCAAGAAGGAUCGCAACGCUUACAACAAUCUUGUCAAUUCGGAUCCUGUCAAGGCUUUAGUGAGGCUUCCGACGCUUCCGGUCCACUUUGCAGAGACUUUCGACAUGAAUCACCCGCUGAGUAGGACAGCUUUUGACAUGGAUCGUUUAUUCCAACUACUGGAGCGCAAACAGACGAAAGGAACCAGAUUGUCGAGAGUCGUAUCCAGAGAUCAAGCGCAGGCAUCGAUUGAAUGGCUUUGUGGGUCGACCUCCGACUCGGUAGUCCCGCACUUCACAAAGGUUGAAGAUGCAGACCCUGCAUCUGUCGAGUCAAUCGUUCUUCGGACACAACGUGGUGUCAGGUUUCGGCAUGUCUUGCAUUUGUGCCAUUGGUUGGAGCGAGAGGAUUUGGCAGUGCCUUUAUUCACGCAGGUCUAUGGUCCACUGCUUGCCGCAGGCCCCUGGCUAGAUGGAAAGCACUUUCAAUUGGGGAAGAGGCCGGUUGCCACCGCGGCGCUGAUCCUCGACCUUGCCCAGUUCCUGAAAUCGGAACAAUAUUGGGACUACAUGAUUUCGCUGUUCGCGCAUCGAGAUUAUCCAGAGCAACCAUCCAAUGUUCCGAUGGAAUAUUGGACUCCUCAUUUGUUGUCAAAGGUCAUGCUUGCCUAUACGAAGCAAAAUAAAUCGUCCGCGGUCGUCGCCUUAUGGCAGGAGUAUCAAUCACAUGGUAGACCCAAACCAACUCGAUCGACCGUCUAUGAACGGUUGAUGACUGCUCAUUUGCGAUUGGGUAACAUGCGCCAAGUGCGUAAGUACCAGAAAUUGAGCAAAGAUGAGGGCUUCAACCACUUGGAGGACGAAUUAUCGCAGGCUACGCAUCUCGCACAAGCUCAACGACAGUAUGGGAUGGACCUCAAUCUUGAAGCGCAGGUCCUGGACGUCGUCAAGGCUGCAGAAAGCCGAAAAGUUGUCAAGGCUGCAGAAAGCCGAAAGCAGACAACACGUGCCAAGGAUAAGCGGUCAGAGCUGGUGCGACGUCUGUCUGCCACCGCCAUCAACGAGUUGGUACAGCUUCGUUUAGAUUCUCAAGAUACUCAGGGGGCCGCCAACUUGUUACACCACUUCAGCCUCCCCAUCCUGCCUCGUCUCAACUCGGCCAAGGAUACUUCACCGGAACGCAAGUUUGGCUUCAAACCUACUAGAAAGACUUUCGUCCUAGCAUUCGAGGUAUUCUCUCAAUUGCGCCAAGAUGAAGAAGCUGAAAAAUGUUGGCGAAUGAUUGUCGAGGACAGGUUAUGCCCAAUUCUGACCGAUUCGCACAUUGCACGCUUUACUCGACAUAUGAGUCGAUGUGGCAGAAUUCAGGAGGCUUUUGAUCAAAUUCGGCGCCGAUUACGACGCGGCAAAGGCGAUCAUCAACCCUCGGUCGAAGAGCAAGGUCCAUCCAUGUUGCCAGCAAAGGGGUUUGAGAUUGGUACAAGGACGAUGAAUGCCUUGCUCUACGGAAUGGGUCAGCAAUUGAAAGUGGAAGGACUCGUCAAAGUCAUUGCGCUCAUGCAAGAUCAUCACAUCGACAUGGACGCCGAAUCUGUCCGAUGGAUUCUUCGUUGCCUGUCUUUGCCUUAUUCUGGUCAAUCGGAUGAUCACAACAACCUCGCCGAGGCCCUGUCCCUCAUCUUGAGACAUGCGAAAAUCCCCGAGGAUGCUGCCAAAGACUUGGAAUCAGCCAUGUCCCGUGCCAUGAGCAAAUACAACGAGACUCUCGCAACGGCCUCUGAUCCGGUUGCCGGAUUGGAUUUUCAAACUUCUGGCUUGGGUCUCCGGCUGGUCGUCUCUGCGCACGAGCAAGAAGCUCACAAGAUUGAAGUUCAACCCGUCAUCAAGGACCUCACUGCCAAGUGGCUCACGUCGGAUUCGACCGCCUUUGCUUAUCGAUUAGAGUUUGAAGCCAUGACAGAUGAUCAAGUUGGUGGUGUGUCUUCUGCCCGAGCAUUAUGGGAUCAGCUCGUUUCCAGAGGCUACCGGAUGAACCCUCGUCACUUGUUGGGUCUCAUCAAAGGUUACGUUUCGGCCGGAAAGAUGGACGCCGCGACCGCUGUAGUCGAUAUGGCUCGACAAUCGAAUCUCCCCCUCACGCGAGCCAUGUUAGUUGCUCUGAUGAACGGCUGGGGCGAUCGCCGAGAGAUAUCGAAAGCUGGAGAAGUUUUCGAACAGAUCCGUCUUCUCGGUCAAUCUCAUCCAACCCAAGGGAUAGAUGAACACUCCAUCUGUGCCAUGAUCAAGAUUUAUUCUCGGGCUCAUCGACGAAACGAAGCUCGGGCGUUGAUUCACAACGAUCUGCUACCGAGAUACCCUAAACUCGACGAUGUUUCGGUUCUGGUAGUGGGAAGACAUUACUUGUCGGCGAAUCAACCGAGUACGGCAGUCAAAUUUGUCCACCAUUACAGGCCGGAAGGCGAACUCGACCGUCGAAUUGCGACAUUAUUGGACGAGUGCGCUCAAAAGUUGAGACAAUUGAUCGAGUCGAAACGGGCAACACGGAAGGACCGAGAAGCUUAUGAAAUGAUCACUCAGAUGUUGCGCAGGACACCAUCGAUACCAUCCGGACGACAAGACAAAGACGAUCCCUAAGCAUGAGCUGUCGCUUUUAACAUCAGACGACCGGACCAAGAUCUGAGAUCGCCUUGAGCAGGAAGUCGAGAUUAUUUCAGACCAUCACGUAGCAUUCCUACAUCGCAGACAUUUCUGCAUUAUAGCAUUACAUCAAUCGCACAAUAU